AGCGAAUCAUUGGAAUGAUUGGACUCACUCUAUCAAAGAAAAGAGUGGUUAAGAUACUCCAAGGUGUGAGUGGUAUAGCAAGACCUUCAAGGUUGACUUUACUUCUUGGUCCGCCUGGAUCUAGAAAAACAACAUUACUAAAAGCACUUGCUGCAAAACUUGAUGAUGAUUUAAGGUAUCUGGAAAAGUGACAUACUGUGGCCAUGAAUUUGAAGAGUUUGUACCUCAGAGAACCUCUUCUUAUAUUAGUCAACAUGACCUUCACUAUGGUGAGAUGACAGUCUAUGAAACUUUGAAUUUUUCGGGGCGGUGCUUAGGAGUUGGUACAAGGUAUGACUUGCUGGUAGAGUUGUCUAGACGGGAAAAAACAGCUGGAAUUAAACCAGAUUAUGAGAUUGAUGCCUUCAUGAAAGCCACAGCUAUGGAAGGCCAAGAAACCAGUUUGAUCAAUGAUUAUGUUCUAAAGGAUUGGAAUUCAAUGGACUGGUCUGAAGGGUGUGUAAGAAGUAGUCUGUUGAGCUGCCAUGAUCAAGGGAAAGAUGGCUUUUUGAAAUUUUCUGGUUGGAAAUUGCUAGAUGCUCAACAUACAUGGGUGAACAAGAGUAUGAAUCUAUGGGACUGUAGGGCUAAAUGUCUGAGCAAUUGUUCCUGUACGGCUUAUACAAACUCAGAUAUCAGAGGUGAAGGCAGUGGUUGCGUCGUCUGGUUUGGAGAUCUUUAUGAUAUUCGACAAUUUCCUUCCAGCGGACAAGAUCUAUUUGUUCGACUAUCAGCUUCAAAAAUAGGAAAAGCAAGAGUUGAUCUUAAGGUGAAGAGAGCAGUGAUAAUUAUAGCUAUUCUGAUUGGAUUAACUUGUGGGACGAUUUUAAUUGGCUUUUACAUUUGCAAGUGGAGAGAGAAGAUAAGAAAUGAAUUUUCCCAUGUUGAGAAUGGUCAUUUGGGGUCAUUGGGAUUAAAGAGUGUUGAUCAAUCUAAUCUGUAA